CGAUGUAAAUCAGUGUUUUUUUAAUCAAACUGAUAAUCUGUCGUGAAUAAUAUCCAAACCAGAGGCGUAUAAAUAAUAGUGCAAUCAAUUAUUUGAUAUCAGUUUCAGUGCAAUAUUCACUAAAUUAACAGAGUCUCAUUGGAUCUUUUAAAUGAAAGACGCAGUAAUAUUACUGCUAUGUGCAAUCGCACUAGCAGAUGGUUUUAACCAUGAACUUCUCUCAAAUUCCCGCUCAUGUAACUGCAACCCGUCUGAGGCGCAACAGAUCUGCGAAGCUAACUACGGUAAAGAUGAUGUACUAAUAGCACAUGAAAACUGUGACAAAUUCUACAAAUGUGCUAAUGGAAAACCGUUUCCCUACAAAUGCCCAAACAAUCUUUUAUACGACCCGUACAAAGAAGAAUGUGAAUGGCCAUGGUUGGUUGACUGUGGUGACAGACCCAUUUCUGAGGGCUCGGACCAGGAAGAUGGCGGCGUAGACAACGAUAACAACGAUAGCAAUGAUAAUAACGGCGUCGACGAUGGGUGGACCUGUAACUGCAACCCCAGUGAAGCACCAUCUAUUUGUGCAGCUGAAGGUUCUAGCGGUGUCCUUGUUGCACACGAAAACUGUGAUCAGUUCUACAUGUGCGAUGCAGGCAGACCAGUAACCUUCGAUUGCCCACCAACUUUGAUGUACGAUCCGCACCGAGAAGAAUGCUACUGGCCUCAUGAAGUAGACUGUGGUGACCGAGGCAUUUCGGAACCAGGCAAUGAUCAAGGCAAUGACAAUGAUGGCAAUGAUAAUAAUAGCAGCAAUGAACAGGGUGGUGUAUGCAAUUGCAAUCCAGAAGAAGCUCCAGCUAUCUGCGCCAGUCCUGGUUCAGAGGGUGUUCUGGUAGCACAUGAGAAUUGUGAAAAGUACUACAUAUGCAACCACGGCAGACCAGUCGUUGCUUCAUGCUCGGGAAACUUGCUAUUUAACCCUUACACAAAUGAAUGUGGCUGGCCGAGAGAUGUUGAUUGUGGAGACAGAAUUGAACCCGGCUGUACCGGUUGCAACGAUAACAAUAACAAUGAUGAUGAUGACAGUGACUGCGAUGGCGAUGAUCCAGUUCCACCUCCAGCUGACAAUGAUAAUAGUGAAAGUGCUGAUAUCGAUGACUUACCACCACCUGGUGAUGAUGCUUCGGUACGUCCACCAGUUGACGAAGGGACAUGUAACUGCAAUCCUGAACAGGCACCUUCAAUUUGCGCAGAAGACGACUCUGAUGGCGUCCUAGUCGCUCAUGAAGAUUGUAACAAAUUCUACAAAUGCCACAACGGUAAACCGGUUGCUCUGUAUUGUCCCGGCAACCUGUUGUACAACCCUAACACUGAACAAUGUGAUUGGCCAGAAAAAGUUGACUGUGGAGACAGGGUAAUCCCUGAUCCUGAAGAUAAUAACAACAACGACAGUAGUGGUGGCAACAAUGACGGAGGUAAUGAUGGCGGUAACGACGGUGGCAACGGAGGAGGUGGCAACUGUGACCCCAGUGAAGCUCCUGCUAUUUGCGCAGAAGAUGACUCGGAAGGCGUUUUGGUAGCACAUGAAAACUGUAACCAAUUCUACAAGUGUUCUGGAGGCAAACCCGUGGCAUUGUUGUGCCCAGGAAAUCUUUUGUUCAACCCCAACACUGAUCAAUGUGAUUGGCCAUGGGAAGUAGACUGUGGAGACAGAAUUAUCCCAGAUCCUGAUCAAAAACCUGACCCUGAGGACUCCAGCGAUGAUAGCAGUGCUGACAUCGAUGACCUACCUCCACCUGGUGAUGAUGUUACUACCCGACCCCCAGGUACAUGUAACUGUAACCCUGAAGAAGCACCUUCCAUCUGUGCUCAAGACGGCUCCAACGGCACACUUAUCGCUCACGAAGACUGCAACAAAUUCUACAUUUGCGAUCACGGAAAACCCGUCGCUCUCUCUUGUCCCGGAAACUUGCUGUACAAUCCUUACACCGAAAAGUGUGACUGGCCAGAAAAUGUUGAAUGUGGAGACCGAGUAACCCCAGACCCAGACGCUACUCCGGCACCUACUGCUGCCCCUACUGCAGCACCCACUGCGGGACCCACUGCAGCACCCACUGCGGCUCCUACUGCGGCUCCCACUGCAGCACCCACUGCGGCUCCUACUGCGGCUCCCACUGCGGCUCCAACUGCGGCUCCCACUGCUGCUCCCACUGCGGCUCCCACUGCGGCUCCCACUGCUGCUCCCACUGCGGCUCCCACUGCUGCUCCCACUGCGGCUCCCACUGCGGCUCCCACUGCGGCUCCCACUGCUGCUCCCACUGCGGCUCCCACUGCUGCUCCCACUGCGGCUCCCACUGCGGCUCCCACUGCUGCACCAACACGGCCACCAAUCGACGAAGGAACAUGCAACUGCAAUCCUGGUGAAGCACCUUCCAUUUGUGCUCAAGACGGCUCUAACGGCACACUUAUCGCUCACGAAGACUGCAACAAAUUCUACAUUUGCGACCACGGAAAACCCGUCGCUCUCUCUUGUCCCGGAAACUUGCUGUACAAUCCUUACACCGAAAAGUGUGACUGGCCAGAAAAUGUUGAAUGUGGAGACCGAGUCACCCCAGACCCAGACGCUACUCCGGCACCUACUGCUGCCCCUACUGCAGCACCCACUGCGGGACCCACUGCAGGACCCACUGCGGCACCCACUGCAGCACCUACUGCAGGACCCACUGCGGCUCCUACUGCGGCACCAACAAGGCCGCCAAUCGACGAAGGAACAUGCAACUGUAAUCCUGGUGAAGCACCUUCCAUUUGUGCCGAGGAUGACUCUGACGGCAUUCUAAUCGCUCAUGAAGACUGCAACAAAUUCUACAUUUGCGACCACGGUAAACCCGUUGUUCUGUCUUGCCCUGGAGACCUGUUGUACAAUCCUUACACCGAACAGUGUGACUGGCCAGAAAAAGUUGAAUGUGGGGACAGACUGAUCCCAGAUCCUGAACAAAAACCCGACCCUGAAGACUCCGGCGAUGAUAGCAGUGUAGACAUUGAUGACCGUCCUCCACCUGGUGAUGACGUCACUACCCGACCCCCAGGUACAUGCAACUGUAACCCUGAAGAAGCACCUUCCAUCUGUGCUCAAGACGGCUCUAACGGCACACUUAUCGCUCACGAAGACUGCAACAAAUUCUACAUUUGCGACCACGGAAAACCCGUCGCUCUCUCUUGUCCUGGAAACUUGCUGUACAAUCCUUACACCGAAAAGUGUGACUGGCCAGAAAAUGUUGAAUGUGGAGACCGAGUUACCCCAGACCCAGACGCUACUCCGGCACCUACUGCUGCCCCUACUGCAGCACCCACUGCGGGACCCACUGCAGGACCCACUGCGGCACCCACUGCAGGACCCACUGCGGCUCCUACUGCGGCACCAACAAGGCCGCCAAUCGACGAAGGAACAUGCAACUGUAAUCCUGGUGAAGCACCUUCCAUUUGUGCCGAGGAUGGCUCUGACGGCAUUCUAAUCGCUCAUGAAGACUGCAACAAAUUCUACAUUUGCGACCACGGCAAACCCGUCGCUCUGUCCUGCCCCGGAAACCUUUUGUACAACCCUUACACUGAACAAUGUGAUUGGCCAGAAAACGUUGAAUGCGGAGACCGAGUGACCCCUGACCCAGAUGCAACUCCUGCACCAACUGCUGCCCCUACUGCGACACCGACGGCUUCACCCACUGCAGCACCCACUGCGGGACCAACUGCAGCACCCACUGCGGGACCCACUGCUGGACCCACUGCAGCCCCCACUGCGGCUCCUACUGCGGCACCAACAACACGGCCGCCAAUUGAUGAAGGAACAUGCAACUGUAAUCCUGGUGAAGCACCUUCUAUCUGUGCAGAAGAUGGUUCAGAUGGCAUUCUAAUCGCUCAUGAAGAAUGCAACAAAUUCUACAUUUGCGACCACGGUAAACCCGUCGUUCUGUCCUGCCCCGGAAACCUUUUCUAUAACCCUUACACUGAACAAUGUGAUUGGCCAGUAAACGUUGAAUGUGGAGACCGAGUGACCCCUGACCCAGAUGCAACUCCUGCACCAACUGCAGCACCUACUUCGACAACCACUGUUGCACCAACUGCAGCGCCUUCUACGACAACAACUGUCGCACCAACUGCAGCACCUACUACGACAACUACUGUUGCACCAACUACGACAACCACUGUUGCACCAACGGCAGCACCUACUACGACAACCACUGUUGCACCAACGGCAGCACCUACUACGACUACCACUGUUGCAUCUACUGCGGCACCAACUGCUGCACCCACUGCAGCACCAACUGCGGCACCGACACCCGAUGACAGUGAUUGUGAUGACGACAACAAUGGAGGCGAUGAUACAUGCAACUGUAAUCCAGACGAAGCUGCGUCAAUUUGCUCCGUGGGUAACUCCGACGGUAUUCACGUAGCUCAUGAAAACUGCAAUUGGUUCUACAAAUGCGAUAACGGCAGACCUGUUCCAUUUAGAUGUCCCUCGGGUUUAAUGUAUAAUCCAUACACACAAAUAUGUGACUGGCCAUGGGAUGUUGAAUGUGGUGAUAGAGUAAUUGCUGAUGACGAUGAUUCAAGUGAAGAAGAUAACGACAGUGAUAACGACAGUGGUGUUGUUGGUCCUUGCAAUUGCAAUCCAGAAGAAGCUCCCGCAAUUUGCGCAGCUGAGGGAUCUAAUGGCGUACAGGUUGCUCAUCAGAAUUGUAACCAAUACUACAUGUGUGACAAUGGAAGACCAGUAGCUUUCACUUGCAACGGGUUCCUUCUAUACAACCCAUACACUCAGCAGUGCGAUUGGCCUCACCUCGUGGAGUGUGGAGACAGAGUGAUUCCAGAACCCGGUGAUGAGGAUGAUGAAGACUGCGACGACGAUGAUGAUAACAGCAACAAUGUAAUUAAUGACGAUCCUAGCCAGGCUCCAGCCAUCUGCGCUGACAGUGGUUCUGAGGGAGUACUUGUAGCACAUGAGAACUGCGACCAAUAUUACAUUUGUGAUGGAGGCAGGCCCGUAGCGCGACCGUGCCAGGGAGGACUUCUCUACAAUCCGCUAACUCAGUACUGCGACUGGCCAGGAAAUGUCAACUGCGGUGACAGGAUUAUCCCUGAUGAAUGCGCCUGUAAUCCCAGAAAUGCGCCCAGACUGUGCAGUAAGCCAGACUCCGAAGGAAGCUUGGUAGCACACGAAAAUUGUAAUCAGUUCUAUAUUUGUGCCCACUCAGUCCCUGUAGAACAUUUCUGCCCUGUUGGCUUAUACUACAACAUUGAGCUAGAAUUGUGCGACUGGGCACAGAAUGUCAACUGUGAAAACAGAAUUCUGCCAUCUCUCAACAAACAUUGGGAGUCUCGUCAAACUCUUAGGAAAUAAUCGAUGUAUUAUAAGUUUAAAUUAUAACUGUGUCGUUCUGAUUAAAAAUGCAAUGUCAGUAUUUAUAUAUAGUCAUUAUCUAGAUAUUUAAAAUUUAACAGUAUUGUUUUCUGUUUGCCUUUAUUUUGGAUUUGGAAUAUCAAAAAAUAAAAUAAUAUUAUGAAUUGAUAUAA